ACUGCAUUACUGGUUUUAAUGAGCAGGGGAGAAUAUAAACGACUGCCACACCGAAAUAGAACAGAGAAGCGUGAGGAAUUUACGCGAAGUGUGUGAACACUUGAUAUUGCAGAAUUCGUUCAAUUCCGGAUUAUUCUGUUUUCGACAAAACUUGAUUAAUUUUGGUUGGCUUUUAUUUUAAUGCUGAUAUAUACUCGCCUUCACAAGUGGCGUUGCUAAGUUCUGUAAGAUGGGCAAGAAUGAUCAGUCACCUAAAGCUGGGAAAAUCGAAAAAACGAUGCUAACGUCAAAACCUAUAAAUUGUUUAAGGACACUGCCAACAGUAGUCAGUUUAUUGCUAUCAGUCGUUUCUGUUGUGUUUUGCCUGUUUCUCAAUGUUAAAACUGCGAGAUUGCAAGAUAGAGUAAAGCUGUUGGAAAAUCAAAAAGGAAGAUUUUCGUUGCAAGCAGUGCGGGAGAUUUUAUGGGACGAUGCAAAUUUACUGCCCUUACUACAGAAAAGAAUCGACGAACUUCAAGAGGAAUUGACUGAUGGAGUUGCAAAAAUUAGAACAGUUAGAGAAGCUACAUCUGAAUGUCUUUGUCCACCUGGCCCACCAGGAAAACGUGGCAAACCAGGAAGAAGAGGAGUCAAUGGAAUCUCCGGGCCUCCAGGAAGAGAUGGUUAUCCGGGCCCACUUGGAUUGGAUGGAAAGCCAGGCCAACCUGGACCAAAAGGAGAAAAGGGUAGUCAAGGCAAUCCUGGACCAUCAGGUCUUGCUGGUCCUGUAGGUCCAAUAGGAUCCCGAGGAGACCCAGGAAAAGAAGGUGCCCAAGGACCUCCAGGUGCAACUGGAGAAAAAGGCAUUGCAGGUGCUCCGGGAUUACAAGGGUCAAUGGGAUUAAAGGGUGAACCUGGCGAGAAAGGUGAAAAGGGACGCUCGGGAUUGGAUGGUCAAAAAGGUGAACCAGGAACAACAGAGAUAAUAGACUACGACGGAAAAAUUCAACAGGCUCUACAGGGUAUAAUUGGGCCUAAAGGAGAAUCAGGAAUCCCAGGAGUCCCAGGAAUUCCAGGACAGAAAGGUGAAAAAGGAGACAUUGGGUCCUCUGGUCCACCUGGUGAACCAGGAUUGAAUGGUAAUAAAGGUGAAAAGGGUGAUGGCAGUAGAAAAGGUGAUAGAGGUUUUCCUGGCAUACAGGGAAAUCCUGGUUCCAUGGGUCCUGCAGGUCUACCUGGUCAAAAAGGAGAAAAGGGAAAACCUGGUGAAUCGGGAUUAGAUGGUUUCCCAGGACUGAGGGGGCUGAAGGGAGACAGAGGUGAAAAAGGAGUCAAGGGCGAGAGAAGUUAUCCAGGUAAAAAAGGAAGCAAGGGGCAAAAGGGAGAACAAGGACCUCCUGGGUUAGAUCAGCCGUGUCCAGUGGGCCCAGAUGGCCUUCCGAUUCCAGGAUGUUGGCAUAAGUGAUUACUAAUCAACAAGCAAGGAGAAUGUAGAUAAUGAUAUAUUUUGUGCUUCAACACAUUGUAAAGAAACUCCACUGUUAAUAUAUUAAGUCUUGCAUAUCUGACGAGAAUGGAAGUGUGUGGAACAAAAUAUUAUUCUUGAAUUUAGACCAAAAAUCUGGAUUUAAAAAUAGCUAAAGCAUCAGCUAUGGAACUGAAUUAUGCUGAUAGCUACACUGCCAUUGCAUGUUACCUGAGAUGUAACCUUGUCAUUAACCUAUAAAUGAUUUUAUACAUGGUCUGACUCAUUUUCUUUUGAGUUGUAUAUUAUUCCAAUGAACCUCAAACAUUUAUCCAUUUUAAUCAAAUGGGGAGGAAAGCAAUGUAAUUCACCUCCAAGCUGAGAAGAAAACUGCACAAUCCCAUUUGUGAAGCUGGCUGUUUUGUAGAAGAGCAAAGUAAUAAACUGUUACUGGUCAUUUCAAAAAG